GUUAUCUCAGGUGCUCGAAAUUCCAAGAUGGCUGCGCCCAUGAAAAUACCGAAGUUAUUUAGAUUCCCAAUAUUUAUGAAUUGAUUAUAAACAUAGAGUGCAUUAUGUGAGGAAAUGUGUAACAUGUCAGCUACAAAACCAAUCAAAGUUUAUUUACAAAAUGACAAGCCCCUAAUUUGGAGUUCUACAGAUGCUGUCAAAAUACGAGAGGAGUGGAGGAUUGUUGGGUGUCUGAUUGGAUGCUUGCCUCGACUACCCAGACAAAACAACCAUCUUGGUUUACCCCUUCAACUUUCUAAAGAAGAAGUUACUCUCUUGCUUGAAAAAGGUGCAAUAUUGCUUCUGAAUGAUGCUACUGGAUUAAAGGAACCUAGUGAAAAGGAACGGGAGGAGUUUAUUGAGUACAGGGAAGCCAGCUACCAAUCACAGGUGGAUCUGUUUCGAGCAGAGAGGAAGAAGGAAAUCUACCAAAACAUGGCAAACAUAAUAGAGGGGAAAAAGGCAAAGGCUCAAAAGGAAGAGAAAAAGGACUCAAGUGAAGCAACAGAGCCAUCGGAAAAAGAAGAGGACUUCAGUAUUGAUGUAGACAAAGUGCCUAUCCCUCCAAUACCCAGAAAGUUCAGCCUUGUCCAGAUAUUUACCGAAUCCCCCUAUCGGCUGGAUCAAGAAAUUCCUGCUGAGUGGUCACAUCCAGAGAGCAAGCAGGAGCAACUGAGAUAUCAUGUGUACAGAGACUUGUGGAACCAGGGCUUCUUCCUUUCAAAUGGCAGCAAGUUUGGAGGAGAUUUUCUGGUUUACCCAGGCGACCCCUCUAGAUAUCAUUCUCAUUACAUUGUAAUUUGCAUCCCACAUGAUAAACCAAUGUCUGCCCUGGACAUUGUGAGAAUGGGAAGACUUGGAUCCAAUGUAAGGAAAACAGUGUUAAUGUGUUCCCAGGACUGCAAUCAAAGGAUUUCUUAUAUAUCACUGCAAUGGAGUGGGAUCAGCUGAUAUCUCUUCAAUAUCUGAUAUAUUAAAGGACAACAUCCAACCAUUGUCUGUGGAGUUAUUGCUAAAUUAUAUGUAAGAUAUCUCACUAUUAGUUAGUGGUACUUAGCAAUGACCAUUGUGGUUUUGUAAAGUAUUUACCACAACAUUUAUCCUAAUGAAUGCAUGUACUCGAUGGCUUAUGCGGCUGGAACAACACUAGAUGUCAUGUGAAUACUUUCCUUAUUCUAUUUAGAAUGAAGAUUUUUAAAAAUUUUGAGAUAUUGAGUGGUUGAAUUAACAUAUAGUGUUAAGAACUGUAGAUUGGAAUCCCAAGGAGGCUGCUGUAAUCAGAACUGGUUCGUGACAGGGAACUCAGUGGGUCUGUACAUUUAUACAGAGUAGUGAUAUUAUUGCUGUGCAUGACGUUGAUUUAAUAAAGCUGUGUAACAAACAUUA